UCUGCAAUCGAUCAGGAUAACCUAAUCCAUCCACCAUCCCAGCUUUCGCAAUCAGACGCCACCAUCACGCCGCCGUCGCCGUCGCCACCUGCCCGGGUCCCCACGCUGUAAUCCUCUCACCGCAAAACCGCCCUUCCCGGUGCCCGCCCUGAAACCGCGCGCGUCGCCCGCCCAUAGAGAGAGGAGGCACCGACGACGGCUUGGUCCGCCACCGAAUCACCUACCCGCGCUGUCCCUUGGACAGAGCCAGAGCAGAGACACCUCGAGCAGGCGCCAGGCGGACCCAGGAAGCCGCUGGCCAUGGCGACGACGAGGCCGGCGCGCAGCGAUCCGCACCUUCCGCCGGAGGAGGCGGCGCGCCUGGAGGCCGAGGUGCGGGGCUACUUCGACAGCGUCGCGCCGAGGCGCCCGGCCAAGCCGCCGCGCAGCGACCCGUCGGAGGACGGCGGCACGGAGGCCGGCGCCGGGGACCACGACCUGCCGGAGCUCCGCAAGCUGCGCGACCUCGAGGCGAAGCCCCAGAAACUGGUGCUGGACGGAGCAGGGGAUGUGGACGGCGAGGAGGAGUACGGGGAGACGCGGUACUACGACGGGCUCAUAGGCAUCGACAAGCAGCAUCACACGACCGGUACAGGUUUUAUCAAAGUGGAGAGACCCAAUGGCAGCGCCUUCAGCGUGACUACCAAUGGCCACUCGUGUGCCAGCUUUGUCCGAUGCACAAGCAAUCCUGCGACAAAUGAUUGGAUACCCUCUGCUGAUACCGUCAUCCCAGCUUCGAACAAGCCCAGCAGGAGUGACUCCUGACUGGACUUCCUUGCCUUCAGAAAGCGUGGUGAAUUAUACGCAAAUCGUUUCAGGGUACUAAUAAAGAGCACCACCGUUCUGUGUGGUGUUCUACGGAAGACGAGCAGAGAUCGCGAGGUGCAGAAAGACACAACAGGCAGGUGCACAGGUUUGAGAGGAGAUGUGUGCUUAAACCAAGAAUGUGUACGGUUACCUCAGCACAUGUAACUUGAUGCUGCAAGCUACUUACAGAGUCUGACUGAAUGUGAGUGGUUUGAUCACCACCACCUCCUGAUUUAGGAAUUUUUGAGCAAAGGAGAUGAAACGGAUCAGUUCGCUUACA